AUGUCAGCCUUCAAGAAGAUCCCGAAGAGCAUCUUGAUCUUCGGGGCAGCCGGCCAUGUCGGCCGUCCUCUCGCUGAGUUCUUGACUCGCGAGUCGCCUGCGACUACACUACACCUUGCGACAAGCAGUCCCGGGAAGCGAGAGCUACUUCAGCGUGCAUUUCCUAACGCACAUGUCGUCGAUGCAGACUACAGUGACACUGCAUCCCUCUCGCGCGCGCUCAAAGAUAUCGAAGGCGUCUUCGUUAUCACACCAGGCGGCAUGUCUGAAGCACCAGCAAUGACCAAUCUUGUAUCCGCUCUCAAGGGGCAAACCAGCCUCAUCCAAGUGAUCCGCCUGGUUGGAGUUUUCCCAGAGCUGGCCCCGAGCCGACAAAUGGCGCCCGUCUUGUCGUCAAAGACCUUCAUUUGGCCAGAACAUCGGGUGCCUUUUAUUGACCCUCGGGAUAUUGGUGAAGUUGCUGGGAGACUGUUCCUGUCAGAUAAUGCAAAACACAUUGGCGCAUUCCAUACAAUGAACAACGGUCAGGACUGGUUGACAUUCCAAGAGGUUACUGGCAUCCUCAGCGAGGUAUUGGGAGAAGAAAUCAGGUACGAUGGAAGCUACGAAGCCUUUUCUGAGUUCUACGGUCCAAAGAUGGGACCGCUCUCGGACCUCCUAUGGAACUUCUUCAAGUUUGAGGAAGCAAAUGAAGUCAACUGGGCUUUGAACAAUUUUGUUGAGAGAACACUCGGGCGAAAGCCUACGAGCGUGAGGGAUUGGAUUGUAGAACAUAAAGACAAACUUAUGAAAAGAUAG